AUGGCGGACGCAAAGGCACGGCUCAGUCCGAUGGAGGACACAAUCGCAAAGAUGUUGAUUUGCAAGGUGCACAUUGGAACGAAGAAUGUGGAGCAUAAGAUGCGCCCCUACACGUACAAGGUAACGAACGAAGGCAUUCACCUUAUCAACCUGAAGAAGACUUACGAGAAGCUGUUGCUGGCAGCCCGCAUCAUCGUCGCCAUCGAGAACCCUGCAGAUAUACUAGUGGUUUCCGCCCGUCCCUACGGAUCGCGUGCUUCCCUGAAGUUCGCCCACUACACGGGUGCGCAGGCUGUGGCCUCUCGCUGGACCCCCGGGAUGCUCACCAAUCAAAUUACAGCCAAAUUCAUGGAGCCCAGGCUCAUCAUUGUGACGGAUCCCAGGACUGAUGCUAGGGCUGUCAAGGAAUCUUCUUACGCAAAUGUGCCCGUCAUCGGACUGUGCGACACCGACUCGCCCCUGGAUUACGUUGACGUUGCUAUACCAUGCAACAACAAGGGUUUGGAGUCGAUUGCGCUGAUGUACUGGCUACUGGCUCGGGAGGUGUUGUACUUGCGUGGCGAGCUGCCGCGGUCUCAGCAGUGGGAUGUGAUGGUGGAUAUGUUCUUUUGGAGAGAUCCAGAGGAGCUCGAGAAGAAGGACAGGCUCGAGGACAAGGAAGCGGCCCCCCAUGCGCAGCAGGAUCUGUCCCAGUGGAAUGCGACUACUGGCGAUUGGGGAGGAAAAGUCGCAGACUGGAACCCCGCAGCUGGCACUGGUGAGUGGACAGACCCCGCAGCUGCUCAGGCGGACUGGGGGGCCAGCGUGACCGCCACUGCCACCAAGUGGGGGUAUGAGAGUUCCGGUACAAAAACCAAAAAUCGCAGCCAUCAAGAUGCGAAGUCUCGGCUUAAUCCACUUGGGUUUGCCCUUGCAAAAGACCAUAAUGGCGCAGGUUUUAGUAGUCUGGGGGCUUAUGUAGCUGUUGGAUUACGGGGUAGAGUACGUCCUAGUGAAAGUAGCGGGCUGGUAGCUACGGGGCGACGUGCUGUUUUGAGUGUGGCGCGUGCCUCGAGAUAG